AUGCUCUUCGCCGGCAAGGACGCAACAGAGGAGUUCGACAUGCUGCACGACCGCAAGGUCAUCAAGAAGUACGGCAUCGACCAGGGCACCGUGGACUGCUCAGAUCGCAGGGGCGCGGGCGUGUGCGCCGCGAGGCCUCCUGGCAGCUCUGCGCUCCCGCCGAGGUCUUUGAGAAGGGCAAGCUCGCGGACUGAGGCGGCCGCUCCAGCCGCCGACCUCCUCGGGGCGUCGCCCGCUGAGCUGAGGUGCAGUUCGCGGCCGCCGCGCCUGGUGAGUCAGUGGUGCUCAGCAAAGACCGUUUGA